AUGAGACCAUUAUUUUCUGUGGCUGGUCACGUGAACACGUACACCGGGUUAUAACCGGUAGACGAUGCACUAUCCGGGAAAUAGUCGCUGAGGUUGAGAGAUGUCUGCGAGUAGCUCUGACGCCCAGACAUCACCAGCUGCAAAAAAGCGGAGGCUCGAACAGGAGUCUAACAAUACCAACCAGAACUCAGUCAAUUCUAACAACAGGGAGAUGGCCAAGAAUGGAGGGCAGGAUGAGAUUGAUGAGGGGUUGUACUCCAGGCAGCUGUACGUACUGGGUCAUGAAGCCAUGAAGCGUAUGGCUGUAUCCAACAUCCUCAUCUCUGGUGUGAAGGGCCUUGGAAUAGAGAUUGCCAAGAAUGUGGUCCUGGGUGGCGUCAAAUCAGUGGUCAUCCAUGACGAAGAGGACGUCUCCAUUCAAGAUCUGGCCUCCCAGUUCUUCUUCCGAGAGGCAGACGUAGGAAAGAACAGAGCAGAGGUAACGGAACCAAGGCUGGCUGAGCUCAACAAUUAUGUAUCUGUCACAAUAAGCAAGUCGCCCCUCAAUGAACAGUUCAUGAGUAAAUUUCAGGUUGUAGUCUUGACCACCAGUAGCCUGGAGGCACAGCUGAGGAUAGGUGACUUCUGCCACUCCAAGGGCAUCCAUCUGAUCAUCGCCGACACCAGGGGUCUCUUCGGUCAGGUCUUCUGUGACUUCGGAGACGACUUCACAGUGUAUGACAGCACUGGAGAGGAGCCGAUGUCUGUCAUGGUGUCUGCUGUAUCAAAGGAUGAUCAAGGUGUAGUAACUUGUCUUGAUGAAAGCCGCCAUGGUUUUGAGAGUGGAGACUACGUUUCAUUCUCAGAAAUAAAGGGUAUGACUGAGCUGAAUGGAUGCCAGCCGAAGAAGAUCAAGGUUCUUGGACCUUACACCUUCGAUAUCGGAGAUACCAGUGACCUAUCAGACUACGUCAGGGGAGGAAUUGUAUCCCAAGUCAAGAUGCCCGAGAAGGUUACAUUUAAAUCAUUACGAGAAUCCUUGGCAGAACCAGAAAUGAUUAUAACUGAUUAUGCCAAAUUUGACCGCCCCGGCCAGCUUCACGUCGGCUUUCAGGCUCUUCAUAAGUUCAAGACAAAGUAUGGCACACUUCCAAGACCAAGGAAUGAUGAUGAUGCAGCUAAAAUGAUCGCUCUUGCCAAGGAGAUCAACUCCCAGGCAUCGGAUGCAUCCAAACAGGAGUCUAUCGAUGAGAAGCUCCUCACCCAGCUGGCAUACAAUGCUUGUGGUGAUAUCUGUCCAAUCCAGGCCGUCAUCGGUGGAAUGGCUGCGCAAGAAGUCAUGAAGGCUUGCAGUGGUAAAUUCAACCCCAUCAAGCAGUGGGUCUACUUUGAUGCACUAGAGUGCCUCCCAGAAGAUGAGAGCGCAACACCAACGGAAGCUAGCUGUCAACCGACAAAUAGCAGGUACGACUCCCAAACCGCUGUUUUAGGAGCAGAUUUUCAGAAGAAGAUGGCAGCACAAAAAUAUUUCAUGGUUGGUGCAGGAGCCAUAGGGUGUGAACUGCUGAAGAACUUUGCCAUGAUGGGUCUAGGAAGCGCACCAGAAGGAAAGAUCUACGUCACAGACAUGGAUAUCAUAGAGAAGUCCAACCUGAAUAGACAGUUCCUUUUCAGACCACAUGAUGUACAGAAACCCAAGUCAGACACCGCAGCCAAAGCAGCGAAAGAAAUGAACCCUGAAAUCAACAUCAUACCACACCUGAACCGAGUUGGACCAGAGACAGAGAACGUCUAUGAUGAUGACUUCUUUCAAUCUUUGACUGGAGUGGCUAAUGCUCUGGACAAUGUGGAUGCACGUAUGUACAUGGACAGACGCUGCGUCUACUACCGCAAGUCCCUGCUGGAGUCGGGUACCCUGGGCACCAAAGGCAACGUCCAGGUGGUCUUACCGUUCCUGACAGAAUCCUACUCCUCCUCCCAGGACCCCCCUGAGAAGUCCAUCCCGAUCUGUACCCUGAAGAACUUCCCCAAUGCCAUCGAGCACACCAUCCAGUGGGCCAGGGAUAUGUUUGAGGGACUGUUCAGGAACCCUGCCGAGAAUGCAGCUCAGUAUGGAACUGAUCCCAAAUUUAUGGAAAGGACUCUUAAGAUGCCUGGCUGUCAACCAAUUGAAGUUCUAGAACUGUUAAAGAGAGCCUUGAUAGACGAUAGACCCAAGAGCCUAGAGGAUUGUAUAUCAUGGACCAGGCAUCAUUUUGAGAGUCAGUUCGUCAACCAGAUCAAACAACUUCUCUUCAACUUUCCUGCAGAUCAGACAACCAGUUCAGGAGCACCAUUUUGGUCAGGUCCUAAGAGGUGUCCACAUCCACUCUUGUUUAAUCCCGAUAAUGAUAUGCAUCUGAGCUAUAUAGUAUCUACCAGUAACCUACUAGCAGCCGUCUAUGGUCUGGAGGGUAACCGAGAUGACAGCUACUUCAGGAAGGUCUUGCAAUCCAUAGAUGUACCGGUCUUCACUCCUAAAGCAGGUGUGAAGAUUGCAGUGAAUGAUGCAGAAGCUCAAGCGGCUGCUGAAGCCAAUGCCGAUGAUGCUCGUCUCAGAGAGAUUGUAGACUCUCUGCCAACCCCCGAGCAGCUCAAGCAGAUCACCAUUAAACCACUAGACUUUGAAAAGGAUGAUGACACCAACUUUCACAUGGACUUCAUCGUGGCAACAUCAAAUCUGAGAGCUGAGAACUAUGGAAUCUCGCCUUCUGAUAAACAUAAGACCAAGAAGAUAGCCGGUAAGAUCAUCCCAGCCAUCGCCACCACCACCUCUGUGGUUGCCGGCCUCGUCUGCCUGGAACUCAUCAAGCUCGUCAACCAGAACAAGAAGAUGGAGUCCUACAAGAAUGGUUUCAUUAACCUUGCUUUGCCCUUCUUUGGUUUCUCAGAGCCCAUUGCACCAAGCAAGAUGAAGUAUUACGACACUGAGUUCUCGCUGUGGGAUCGCUUUGAAGUGAACGUGUCAGACAAAGAGAUGACCCUGAAGGGAUUCCUUGAUCACUUCCAGAAUGAUCAUAAGCUAGAGAUCACCAUGUUAUCACAAGGAGUAUGCAUGCUCUACUCGUUCUUCAUGCCGGCUGCUAAACUCAAAGAAAGGCUGCCCAUCAAGAUGUCCGAGGUGGUGACCAAGGUCUCCAAGAAGAAGAUCCCUAAGCACGUCAAGAGCCUGGUCUUUGAGCUAUGCUGCAAUGACACUGAAGGAGAAGAUGUAGAGGUGCCCUACGUCAGAUACACCUUCCGCUGAAUCAAUCCACCCACUGUCCAUCCCCAGCUGUCCUCAAUGUCUACUCCAGGUAGGAACUCAUGGACUCAACGCUACGUCCAACACCAGAAUUUGAUUUGGAAAAGAGACAUCCGUAAAAAAGGAACUUUCAUCUAUCGAGAUCCCUCUUGUAAAGACUCCUGUUUGUUUAGGUAUUCAAAGCAGUGCUCAAUCCUUGUACUUGUUUAGAUAUCUUGUAUAUUCUGCUACGUGCCAGGAGGAUGUUUACUCUUAUACUUUCACUUACGGGUUUAUGCCCUAACGAUAUCGUUUAUCAGUCCUGGAAUUCAGUAGAUCAUUUUGUGAUAUUAGAAACAAUGAAAAUGGCUGUUUGCAGAAAUAUUGAAUGGUGUUUGUGAGCAGUCAUUUUCUUUCGUGUAACCAGGGAUCAAAAUGAUGUAAAAAUUUGGCUCUGCUCUUGGAGAACACUUGUUCAAAGUGAUAACAUUGAAAUUUGACAGUUUUGAUUAUUUGUUAUGCUAGAUAUAUCCCGUUUUGUUUUAGUUGAAAACAGGUAUAUUGCUAUCCAGAGCUUUACAACAUAUAAAGAUGGUUGUUAGUAGAUAGCUUUCAUAUCUGAAUUCCGAUUAAGCCUGAAAUUAUUUUAUUUUAAAUACAUGUAUGACAUGGUGAAGAAGAAAUGAAUUAAUUCAUACCUGGAGUAGACAUUAAAGAUAUAACAUGUUCUGAGAGAGCCAACAUGUAGAUAGAUAAACAUUCUACCAGUAAUCAUAAAUAAUAAGCUGUAUAUUUAGAGAUGGCAUGAACAGUUUUUUUUUUUUAGUUCCUCAGAUAAUGGUUUUUGUUAUCAAUGUUAGAUGUAAUUUGCUCGCUGUGGAGCUGGAGUAGAAGAAAUGGAAGUUUUGUUUGUAUGUGUCACAUUCGUUGCCUGAUAACAUCAAGCGAUCGAUGUAUCAAUUGAGUCAUGUGAGUAACAUGCAAGUUCCCACAAUGCCAUUCUAUAAAUUCUAGUGUUUCAAUGUAACUCGAAGUUUGGGUAAUGACUGAAAGCCUACUAACAACUUAAACGGGAUAGGUGGAUGGAGUAUUCUGAAUGCCCAUCAUUAGUAAGCAAUUUACAAAUUAUGAUGGUGUGAAACAUUAUCUUUUUGAAUGAGCUGCUCCAAUUGUAUUUGUUUUGUUUAAAUUUGUGAAUAAUUUCCACUUUAAAUCUAGAAAGUUAAACAAAAUCCAGGACUAAUGUUUUAUAUCAUAUUAGAAUGUGCACAAGAUACCACAAGAAAUGUAAUUUGAUUAUUGAUGGAAUAUAUCAAAAAUUUACAAGUUGAUUAUGCAAAUGAUUAUUUAUGCAGCGUAGGUGUGCGCAUAUCAAACGACCGCUUUUUUAGAUGAUGCCACAAGUUGGAUAUCAUCUUAAUGAAUACCAGUAUCAAUAUUCAUGUAAUAAACAAGUUGCAAAGGUAAUUGUCGUCAUGCCGAUAGAUACAAUCAAUCAAAUAUCACAUAUUGAAAAUACCUAUCCAAACAGACUCAAUAUUAUGAAUAUGUCAUCUGUCUAAACUUCAUGUUUUUUGAAAAACAUAAAGAAAAUUUGCUAUAUAAUAUAAGCUAUCCUGAUGUAAUCAGUUAUGGAGUAAAGUAAUAAUGUAUUUAAGGUCCUUUUUUUGAUGGAUUUUUGUUCUUUUGAUGUGUGUAUUGUAUGAGUUACCAUUACAGAAACUCUUUUUUUUUUCCUUUGGGAUCCGGAGUUCUUCGUGUAUUAGUUAUUUAUUGCAUAAAACCGGUAUCCAGUGGUGAUUAAAUUCCCAGAUUCAUAGCGUAUUCUCUGGUUGACUAAUCCUCUAAUUCACACUUUCCACAGAGGUUGAUCUCUCCGGGAAGCUCAUUAAAGGGAAAGUCCACCUGGAUAUUAAGUUUGUUUUAAUAGAAGCUGAAAAUGAAAGGAUCAGGUCAGUGAAAUUAUAUUUAGGGUGCAUGCAUGACUGGAAAUUUUCUUUAGGGCAAAAAUAGAAAUUUCUGAAGUUUUAUGCUUCUAUUAAAACAGACUUACGGUAAUAUCUAGGUGAAUUUCUCCUUUAAUUUGUCUCCCCAUUUUAUUAUUGGUUUAAAAUCUUUGUUAGUCACCAAUGUAAUGGUAAAUAUGAAGGAAAUUGUAAUACAACAUUCUUUCAGGUUGUAGGUGUCAAUGCCUAGAAUCUUCCAAACACUAGAAAGUUUUAGGUUUUAUGUUCAGAAAAUUUUCUGUAUGUAAAAAAAAAAAAAUUAAGAUAAAAGGUUUCACUGUGGUAUGGAGAGGGUGAUGUUCAUGAGUGUAGUCAUCAUUCAUAGCUUGCAGAAGACACCAAAUGUUAUCAUCAUCACCACCACCAAACUUGAUUUUUCUUUUCACCCAGUCCCAAGCACAAAACAGCUCGUUGUUUCCCACAUGUAAAUUUGUGCCUUAAUUAAACACCAACCUCUUUGGUUCUCUUGCUUAACACUUUAUGUUAUGUUAUUCCUUAUGGAGCCAUAGCAAGAAAACCCAAAGACUCAAUCGUGUUCCAAGAUCUACCAGCACACAUGGGCUGUGUAUGCUUUUUGUGAAUUUAAUUACUCAUGUUGUACAUUAUGCUAGAUAUACAGCUUUUUUUGUUGUCUUGUUUGUAUUGUCAUGAUGAAUAAAAGUCUCUGUGGAAUGCA